UAUCCGGGCCAAGCUGUCAUCUAUGUUCCAUCCUCUUCAGCCGACGACCGUGUUUUUUUCCCAAGCCUACACGGCGAGUCUCGGUGACAUUGUCAGAGGGCCAAACGCACAAGAUAUUUCCUCGUUUUUUUCAGAGUGGAGAAGCAGCUUUUUUGGGGGAAUUUUUCUGCAAGUACAAGAAGGCGAAAGAUGAAGCUGGACAGGGGUUGGAUGUGGUGCCUGUUGCUUCUGUCCUCCCUGGCUGUGGCAGCUGUGGCAGCCCAGGACAAGCAGUUGGAGGAUGAUGUUUCAGACGCCAAUGAAGAUAUGGGCUUGGACGAGGAGGAAUUAAAGGUUCUGAUGGCAGAAGAAGAAGAAGAAGAGGAGGAGGAGGCAACGGUGAUGGAUGAAGACCAGUCUGAUGAGACGGCCACAGCAAGUGGGAAGGCUGGAACUGAUGCAAAUGUUUCUUUUCAAGUAACAUACAAGACUCCUAUUCCCACUGGAGAUGUCUACUUUGCAGAGACGUUUGAUGAUGGAUCACUGGUCAGAUGGCAGCUGUCAAAGACGGUCAAGGGGGAUGCAGAUGAUGACAUUGCCAAAUAUGACGGGAAGUGGGCUGUGGAGCAGCUGAAGGAGAACAAAGUUCCAGGAGACCAGGGUCUGGUGCUCAAGUCCCGGGCCAAGCACCACGCAAUCGCAGCAAUGAUGGACAAACCCUUCGUCUUCCAGGAUGAACCUCUGGUCUUACAGUAUGAGGUGAAUUUCCAGGACGGUAUUGACUGUGGUGGAGCAUACGUCAAACUGCUUUCAGACACUGGCAGUCUCAAUCUGGAGCAAUUCCAAGACCGUACAGCCUACACCAUCAUGUUUGGACCGGACAAAUGUGGCGAAGACUACAAGCUGCACUUCAUCUUCCGCCACCAGAACCCUCUGAACAAAGACUUGGAGGAGAAGCAUGCCAAGAGGCCCGAUGUCGACCUUAAGAAGUUCUACACCGACAAGAAGACUCACCUCUACACUUUGGUCCUGAACCCAGACAACAGCUACGAGAUGUUCAUCGACCAGUCUAGCGUGAGCCGCGGCAGCCUGCUGCAUGACGUGGUGCCUCCAGUCAACCCGCCCAAAGACAUAGAUGACCCAAAUGACUCCAAGCCGGAAGACUGGGACGAGAGGGCCAAGAUUCCUGACCCUGAGGCCGUCAAGCCCGAUGACUGGGAUGAAGAUGCUCCAGCAAAAAUUGAGGACCCUGAUGCUUUGAAGCCAGAGGGCUGGCUGGACGACGAAGCAGAGUUUGUCCCCGACCCUAACGCUGAGAAACCAGAAGACUGGGACGAGGAGAUGGAUGGAGAGUGGGAAGCCCCGCAGAUUCCCAACCCGGCCUGUGAAACGGCCCCUGGCUGUGGGGAGUGGAAGCGUCCCAAGAUCAACAAUCCUCAGUACAAGGGCAAAUGGAAAGCCCCUCUGGUGGACAAUCCCAACUAUCAGGGAGUCUGGAAGCCGCGUAAGAUCGAUAACCCGGACUAUUUUGAGGACCUGCAGCCAUUCAGGAUGGCACCUUUCAAGGCUCUGGGCUUGGAGUUGUGGUCAAUGACCUCGGAUAUCUACUUUGACAACUUCAUUAUCACCUCUCACAAGGAGGUGGCUGACCGCUGGGCCUCUGACAGCUGGGGGCUGAAGAAACUGGUGGCCAGCGCUAACGAGCCAGGGAUUUUUGCUCAGCUGAUGAUGGCAGCAGAGGAGCGACCGUGGCUCUGGGUGAUCUACAUCCUGACAGUUGGCUUGCCUGUAGGACUGACUGUGCUCUUCUGCUGGCCAAAGAAAUCAGAUGACGACUACGUGUACAAGAAGGUGGAUCUUCCCCAGGCUGAUAUAGAAGAAGAGGAGGAGGAGGAUGAAGAAGAAGAAGAGGAGGCAGCAGCAGAUGAGGAAGACAAAGAAGCUGAGGCUACAGAGGGAGCAGCAGCUGCAGCAACAGAAGAAGCUGAGGAGGAGGAGGAGGAGAAGGAUGGAGCUGAUGCGGAAGGUGACAAUCUAGAGGGGGAGGAGGAGGAGGAGGAGGAGGAAGAGGAGGAGGAGGAAGAGGAGGAAAGCAAAGCUCCCGAGAGAACAAUAGAAGAUGAGCUGAAGGAUGGAGGAGACGCCACCAAAGAGAGCCACAAACAAGCUGUGAGAAAGAGGAGGGUACGGAAAGACUGAGGAGGAGGACCCCCACGCCUACUGUCUCCUUUCUCCCCCAGUGUGGAGGAGGUGGAAGGGCCAUCUCUCCUGCUGCUCGCCCCCUCUCCGAGCGGAGCAGCACGUAUUUCCUCCAAACCACCUGGUAGCCUGCAGUCACCCCGGCUGCCCCAAUCGCAUCUCCUCCAUGCCUCGGCUCCACCCAUCACAGGUCCACAAUUCCCCAAACCACACCCAGUAUCACUCCUCGCCUCGCCUCGUCUCUCCCUGCUGUCUGCUCAUUGAACUAUCAGAUGAAUCCCCUGGAGAUUUUGUGCAUUUAGCUGUUUUUCCUCCUCCAUCCUGAGCCUCCACGCUUCCGUCAUCCUUUUUCUCUUCUCCAAGCCAUUGCUGUCAAAAUGCCUGUCAACCUUUAAAGCCGCCUCUUCCGCCUCUGUUCCCGUUCACACCGUCUCUACUGUCACUCCUCUCUGAAUAUAUACCAUCAUAGAUCCACCAGUCUGUCUCCUCCGAGAGUGAAGGCAGCAGAGAGCCUGUGUGCUGCUGUCGACUCCAGUUGUUCACACCAUUUUACAGCAUAUCUUAGGGGCUUACAUCUCAGAAGUUAGACUUUAUUCUCGCGUCCUUUGUUUUAAAGAACAUGUUCGAGGACACAGUUUGACAGAGUUCGUUGAAAUAUUUCGGAUUUCAAGAACUGGACAGCAGGCUGCGAGGACAGGCUGCUUGAGAUGUUCCUGCAGUGUCAGGACAUUUCAGCUGACAAGUUGCCUGAGCUUAGGUUUAAAAGUUUACCUCUUUAAAAAAAUGGAUGUUCUGUUUAGAUUUUAGGUAGUUUGUAGGGAGCAUCAGUUACUUUUAUGAGUGUAUUUUAAUAAGUUAUAGCAGUUUAAGAAUGAGGUUUAGCAAUGAUAACUAUUUAUCGGUUUGUUUUAAAUUUGUUUUAUGCCAGUAUGAAUAAAGAUUUAAUGUUUUGAGUGACUUGAGGCAGUUUUCUUAAAUAUAUGCCACUGGUGUGCUUAUUCUGAGCCUAGGUAAAGUUAACUAUGAUCAAAGCUGCUGAGGAUAACACUGACUCUAAGAUAGGUAAUGUGAAUGCCUUGGCCAUCAGUUGUCAAUAAGACACUGACCUGUGUCUCAUUCAGUCAGUACACAGCACUGCUUUCCCAGAACAUUUGACUAGCUGGAGUUCAGGUCUGAGAUUGUUGCCUGGGAAAAAUGUUGACGCUAAUUUAUUUGUUUUAUAUUAUUGUCUCAAGCUUUUGUAGUUUAUGUUCUUGCCAUAUGCUGGCAGGUAUCCCUGUUUACAUUUGUUUGCAAAUUGUACAUUGCUCUUGAAAAUAAAAUUAUUUAAU